AUGCUUUUUUUUAUAAUUCUACAGACGAUCAUCACCAAGGUGUUUAAUGAUCCCAUCCAUGGUAGCAUAGAGUUACACCCACUCCUCAUCAAGAUCAUUGACACACCUCAGUUCCAGAGACUUCGAUUCAUAAAGCAGCUUGGAGGUGUCUACUUUGUUUACCCUGGAGCGUCUCACAACCGCUUUGAACACUCGAUCGGGGUGGGAUACUUAGCAGGAAAACUUGCUGAGGCUCUCAGGUCAAGGCAGCCGGAACUCAAAAUCGAUGACAGAGACGUCCUUUGUGUUCAGAUUGCUGGCCUCUGUCAUGACCUGGGUCAUGGACCCUUUUCCCAUCUGUAUGAUGGAAUGUUCCUCCCUAAAGCACUGGAAAAAAAGAAAGAAGAAAUGAGAAAAAAUGGGAAAUUCAGAGAAAUGGAGAAAUUGGAGAAAUGGAAGAUCAGAAGUUAA